GUUUGCUUUGCAACUUUUGCUGUGUUCUCGCUGCUGGCUGCAUUUGCUUGGGGAACUGUAACGAAAAGAACCAGGCCUGUUAGUAAAGAAUUUUGCCUGCGCAUCGUUAGCAAAUUCUUCUUAUAUAAAAAUAUCGCUAGGCCUCUUCAAUGUCCCUUACCCUAAUCUUAACCGGAGCUGUAACCCAUAACCCUAACAGCAUGGCUCUCCCUAAUCCUUCUCAUAUCAUUUAAGGAUUGUUUUGGAAAGCCGCCCAACAUUUUCACAGUCUCAAUUAAGCUAUACAAAAUGAGAAUGAAGAAGUCAACAACCUGUUUUGGGUUUUGGAUUCUGUGAAGCUAACUCAUCCACUUCGUCUUCUGCUUUCUUCGUCAAUAAAGCAAGUUUGUUUUCUGCCUCAUCAUCCAACCGUGUAUUAUUCAUUUUGUUUACUUUUCCUCGUUUCUUAUCCUGCAGUUCAGGAUCUAAUAGUUUCAGUAGUUCUUCCAGUGUAUCUCCUGUCUCUUUCGCUGUGAAGUCGACAGUCUUUAAUUUACUGCCAAGUGAUUCGUGUUUAGGUUGAGCUGUAUGCAAAUGGAAUGAAAUUCAUUUCUCUCUUGUUCAGUUCUGAUGGUAAAACUAAACUAAGCUGCACUAAACUAAGCUGGAUAGCUCGAUCAGUUCUAAACUCUUCUCCCAAGAGACCCAGAAAGAGCAAUACCGUGUUGGUCCAAUGUUCUAACAGUGGAAAAUUUUAAACUAAACUAGCCCUCCUUCUUACUGUAGUAACGCACUGUUGGGAUGUUCGUAGACAUCGCUCACUUACCCGUUUCUUGUUUCUUCUUCGCGUGUGGGUAAUCUGUGUGUAACUCCUGAAUGGCAUCUUGUGUAGCCACUCUUAACUCAUUCAACGUAUUUAUUUCUUCUUUAUUUACAUUCUGCUGUGUACUGCUUGCUAUCUUAUCCUGUUUAUCUCCAUCUCUCUGUAAUGCCUCCAGCCUUCCUCUUAGUUUCUUCAAUUUCAAUUUAAGCGCCCCUAAACGUUUUUGAUGUUGUUUCUUGGCCUGCUCUUGUACUUGUAAAGCAGCGUUCAUAGAAGGAGCACUGAUGGCAGGUCUGUUGCUUGUAGGUUUGUCGCUAACGUGUGCAUGGACUGUUUUACCCGGCAAGAUUGAUGUUAAGCCCGUGUGAAUCAUUGACGGGUUUUCAUCUGCUGCGCCUGAUAACUGCAUGUCUAGCGGAGUCUUACAAAGAGAAGAAACAAUUUUAAAACCGGAAAAUGUCGUUCAAACACCUUGAUGAAAGAAAUUUCUACAGAAUAAACAAGAUUUAAACUGGCUUUACCUAUAGAGGAAGAAGUAUAUCCAAACGUAUAGCUCAUAACAGAUUUAGUUUACUGCUAUCCUUACCUGGUGGUCUGACUGCAUUCCAGUGAGAAGUCCUUCGUUACCACCCACACCAGCGAAACCCGGCAUAUGAUGUGCACCUCCAAGUGGACCAAGGUUUUGUGCCUUACUGCCAGCCGCUAUCCUUGAACCUAGAGCUUCCAGUCCUACCCCAUCUCCAAUAUUACCACCACUAGUCCCGCCUAGUCCUGCUAGGCUGUCACUUAUCUGAUUGUCUCCGCCACUCAAACCUCCUACAUCACCAAAAUUAUCCCCGAAACCUCCCCCAAGAUUACCAAGACCAUUCAAACCAGUAGCUCCAAUGUUUCCGCCUAAACUACCACCCUCAAUCACACCAUUACCUAAGUUACCCCCACCUAAAUUAGCACCAUCACCAAAACUACCUCCACCUAUCCCACUGUCACCCAAACUCCCACCACCAUCGCCCAAACUCCCACCACCAUCGCCCAAACUUCCAGCCCCAAUAGUUUGAACACUACCUCCUCCCAAACCUGCACCCCCAAUACUGCCACCUAGACCAGCUCCAUUUCCAAUAUCACCACCAGUCCCGACUUCAUCAUUCAAAGCCUCCAUUCCUUGACCCCCUCCUCCGAUUCCUUGACCGCCUCCCCCCAUUCCUUGACUUCCUCCUCCCAUUUCUAUAGUACCUCCUCCCAAACCUAAACUUGUUCCACCGCCUAAACCUGCCCCAAGACCACCUCCCCCUAUGCUACCUCCCCCCAAUCCAGCGCCCAAACUGCCACCUAGACUACCAUCUAGACUGCCACCCAGGUUACUUGCACCGCCAGGCGAGAUAUCCAGUCCACCACCACCUCCUUGCAUGAAACCUACAAAGAAAGACAAAAUAUAAGGUUGAUAAAUUUCGUGUACAGAUAUAUCUAUCAUCUAUAAGAACGCAUGUAAUACCAAUAGAAUAAGAUGAAGUAAUAUAAGUUGCACAAUAGUCAAUAUAUAAACCUUUGGACUUUAAAACAAGCUUAAAUCGCGUAACAUUUCACAAAAUACGCUUACCAUUUCCAAUCAUUUGUCGACCCUCUGUGCCCUCGGUCGAGUCCACAAGAUCAUUGCUCAUGGACCCCACUUGACUUUCACCCAUGUCAUUUUGUGCUAAACCGCUGUUCAACGAUAUACCAGCACCUUGUAGUGUGUUUGCAAUAUUAGCCUGCUGUCCAUUCUCUGGGUCUUCAAUAUAACUUUGUGGUGACUCUGUUUCGCCAAACCCUUGAUUGACCGGGUUACCGCUCAUGACUGAAUUGCCGCCAUAUGUGUCAAUGUAUUGUUUCCUCACGUGCAACGGCACAUGUUGCUUUCGAACUAUCUUAUGUUGGCUGUUUGAAACGAGAUCACGUUGUGGUCUUGCGUCACCUUGCAAAGAAAAUAGUUUGUGUAGGUUUACUUUGGCUUAGUGAAAGGCUGUUCCAUUCAAUCAAUCAAAGCAUGAUCCUUGCAGAACAACUACGAGGUUAACCCUAUCCGAUUUAAUAGUUAUAAAAAAUCUACUUAAAAAACCCCAAAUCCACAAUGUAAUUCUCAAUUAAAAGCUAUGAAAAAAUAGACAAGAAAUCAUGACAGUGAAGGGCUUGUAUAUCUGAUACAAAAUCCUGUUGAUUUCCAUAAACUUUAAGUUCCAUUAUUGUUACCAAAUAUGAACGUUUUCAUCAAGACAAAUCACAAGCUACAAUUACUUCAGCCGUUGUUUGUAUGUCUUCUAUAACAAUGGUGCCCAUACUAUAUAUAUUAUAAAAAUGUCGGGACAGUUGGUUCAACUCUACCCCCAGAGAUCUUUAGUAUGCACUUGCCUGAUUAUAAUUUAAUCUCCUAUAUAAAACUCUGAACUAGCUGGCGUUUGAACGAAAACAGACAAAAGGCAAAAUAAAUAUAUAAUUUUUGUGCUUUUCCUUUAUUUGAAUGUAGUAAAAACAUACCAUAGCACAGCACAGCGAGAACGACCAGGAGAUAACAUGACUUCAUUUCCAAUCUUUACUCUUUUAAUACUAACUACAUUUUUUAUUUUCUGUUAUCUAAAAUUUAAGUUGAUAAUGACAUAUGUCACAUGAUAGAUGCGGACUUUUAAUAGUAUUUUACUCCAACGCAACUCAAUUUCCCUCUGUGGAAAUGAGCCUUUGGACGAGAAUAAGAUAAUAUACUAUUUAGCAUUAUAUGAGUUUCAAACCAAACAGGAAUCAUAGUGUCUUCCAGUCAAUCAAUUCACUAAACGUAGAGAUUUGAUCGGACAAAAUAACUUAUGAACACGAUUAUGAUCACUGUAUACUGCAUUGAAACAACAGAAACAUGAUCAGUUUUUCAAUGAACAACGAUAUAAAAUAACCCACCAUAAAUAUUUCACUAAAGUUUAAAUGUUUGUAAGUGUUUUGUUAAUUCCGUUAAAAUAUACUAAUAUAAUUGUCAAUAUAAUAUAAUACGAUAAAAUAAGGUCAACUUUUUGAACUACAUGCAUAUAGAAAGUUUGGAAUUGUAUGGUUAGCUCACUACCUGAAAAUAUGUUUCAUUUACUUUUCUUCUAUAUUCUGUUUUCUUCAAAUCUUUUAUAUCUCCAGUAAAUGGAAGGAAAUCAUUUUCCCCGUGCUAUCAAUCUAUAUUUUCAUGUAGUAUUUCAGACAUUUUCCCCUGCGCCCUCGGCAGGUGCUCGAUUCAAAUGCAAUCAACUGGAACACGCAUUUCAAAACAAAAUCGGUUUAGUUUCUUCAGAAUGAAUUGAUCGACAAACCUAAACAUGGGGUCGAGCAGAGAAAAUACAAAUAUAGACAGGUUUCAUUAAUUACAAGAGCGUGCAAUAGAUCGUUGACAACCCGCAGAUUAAGAAAGUAAUGUUACUUCAUUUGGUGUUGUGUUUGUUGACAAGUUUCAUUUCGUGCGUCAACAUUUCUGUACUUCUCAAAUCAACCGGUAACGCUUAGACGUGUUUCAGGGGCUGACUCGUCCCCAGUCGUCUCUGUGAUCACGCGCGAAUUGGAAAGCGCGCGCAGGGGUCAUAUGGGGUGUUGAACAUCAAUGUCAACAAACUAUAUGAACGUAUAAUAAAUUACCGUGGUUUAUGAUGGUUUGUUCGGUUUUUACUAUCUCUUUAACAUUCGAACAACAAUGUUAUGCUGAUUGCUAAACUAUCAUUGGUUAAUGCUAGUUUAUCACCUUUACAAUUGGCGGAAUUUUAUGAACUCUGAUUGGCUAGAAACACAACUGUAUUUUGAAGUAUGCUAAACUGAGCCUGCAUACGUGGUCAGCAGUUUCUCUCAUCAUGGAUGAAUCAUCUUGAAUAAUCAAAAGUUUGGAAGAACAUCUGCUUGUAUUUAAAUUUUCUCUUCAUGAAAGAUCAGAAAAGAUUUCAGAAAUUGUACAAAUAAACAGCACGAGCAUUAUGGCACAAGAUUUAGAAACAUUAAAGGCGAGAGUCAAAGAAUUGGAAGAGCUACUGGCACUGAAAAAUCACACUCAACCCGUACGAAGUAAAAUUGACAAAAUGAGUUCUGAAGUGGUUGAUUCUAAUCCGUACAGGUUUGGCAAAACUUUUCUAAAUGUAUAUUUUUAUAUUAGGAGGAAGCUAAAAAGUCAGGAUUGGGAUGGUUAAAUGUUACUUUUGAGGCAAUUAUUAUAAUAAGUUUGUUUUGAUUUGGUUUUAAUGUGGCAAUUUCCAUGUGUUGUUAUAAUUUGGUACAUAAAGGUGUUAUUUGAAUACAAAAUCAAAUGUCUGCGACGUUGGAAACCAUAAACUAGAUUCGUUAUCUUGUGGUAUAGUGAAAGUUUUGUGUGGCAAAUUUUUUUAUGUUUGUUUAUACAUGCAUAUGAUAUGGAGCCUGACAAAAUUUCUACAAAUCCCAUCAGAAGACUGAAGGUUUUUCUGUAUAAGUGUCUAAUUGUACAUAUAUUAUUUUGGUUUUAAAUCAAUGCAUCUGUGAUAAAUUCUAAAAACUUGUAAUGUGUAUUUCAUUUAGUCGCUUGAUGGCGCUAAAGAGAAUGGGUAUUGUGGACAAUUACGAGGUGAUUUGAAUGUCUCAUUGCCAUCACCAUCUUCUUCAUGUCCAUCAUCAUUAUCACCACCACCAUAACCAUGAUCAUCAAUACUACCAUAAGAGACACCAUAGUAACUACCAUCACACUAACCAUCAUAAUAAGUAUGUACCACUGGCAUCAUUAUCAUUUCAUCAUUUUCACCAUUAUAAUCAUCAUCAUCUGAUCACCACCACCACUAUCGUCAUAUAUAUUUAUCAAAAUUUCAUUUACUUUUAUUUAGCAAAUUCGUGACUUUACAGUAAUCAUUGUUGGAAUAGGUGGAGUGGGAAGUGUAGUGGCGGAGAUGUUGACACGAUGUGGGAUUGGAAAGGUAUUUUUUUUGAGUGUAUAUAUUAGCCACCAGAGUGUUGAUAUUUGUAUUGAUUGUUACCCUGAAAACAUGAUAUCAUAAGUGAGAGCCUUGGAGAGCCUUGAAUAGAUGUGGGCUGAGCCCACUUGUACAAAGAAGAAUUCUGUGCAUUGAUGUGUUAAGAAUCCAACCAAAAACUAGCUUGUGAUAAUAAAUUUAUUCUCAAGAUGUCUGAGAAUAAAGGAAAAAUCUCAUAAAACAUUUUUAUUUUAGCUUCUUCUGUUUGACUAUGAUAAAGUUGAACUAGCUAAUAUGAACAGGUAAGGCAGUCUAAGAUACAGUUGUUGCCAUACAGUAAAUGAAAAGUUCAACAGAUGUAAGUACAGAGGGUAAUCAGUGUAUUAAAUCAAUAUGUUCCAUCUUUGAAUUCCAGAUUAUUUUUUCGGCCUGAGCAAUCUGGUCUAAGUAAGGUUGAAGCAGCUGAGAGAACCUUAAGGUAGGCAGUCAUUGAUUUUGCAUUGUUAAUAAUGAGUUGCAAAGUUGACUGAGUGAUUGUAUUUUGUAGGAAUAUUAACCCAGAUGUUGAAUUUGAAACGCAUAAUUAUAAUAUUACAUUAAUGGAUAACUUUCAACAUUUUAUGGACAAAAUAAGGUAACUUAAGCAAGCUAUGUGGUAAAAGAUCACUUAUAACUUCAAUGAGCUCUAGACUGGAGUGUAUAUACUAUGUACACAUGUUUUCCCCAUGUCAAGCUGAAACUGUUGCCAAUUCAUGUUCUUUCUAUUACUAAUUCAUGUUCUUUCUAUUACUAAUUUGUGUUCUUUCUAUUACUUUGUAGUAAAGGUGGAAAAGAUGGAAAGUCAGUGAAUCUUGUUUUAAGUUGUGUAGAUAACUUUGAAGCUCGUAUGGCAGUUAACACUGUAAGUAAUGGUAAGAUUGUUUGGUGUUAGACAGAGUACACAACAAUGGUAACUCCCGAAUAAAGACAACAUUUUUUAUUCAACAUUUAGACUUUAUUUAGUCAUCAUCAGGAUUCCUGAUCAUGAUGACUAAAUAAAGUCGAAACGUUGAACAAGAAAUGUUGUCUUUUAAUUCGGAGUUACCAUUGUUGUGUAUUUUAUGAAAAUGCUCCUGAAGUGGUUCCUGCAAUUAUUAGACAGAGUAAUUAAUUUAGCAAAAUUAUGUCAGGUGCAUUUGGGUGCAUUGUAGCUUAAUGGGUUCAUUACUCUGUCUAAUGCCAGAUGAUUAUACUUGUCAAUGUUAACAUUUCUAUCCUCCUAGGCAUGUAAUGAACUUUCACAACCUUGGAUGGAGUCUGGUGUUAGCGAGAAUGCUGUAUCAGGUCAUAUCCAAGUCAUACUGCCUGGAGAAACUGCAUGUUUUGCUGUAAGUUAUUAAGUAAAGUUAGUUUAGGUCUCUCCUUUUUUAUGCUUUGUGUUAAAAUUGUGUCAUGUUUCUCUUUCCCAAAGUGUGCACCUCCGUUAGUUGUAGCAGAGAAUAUUGAUGAGAAGACUUUAAAACGUGAAGGAGUUUGUGCUGCUUCAUUGCCAACAACUAUGGGAAUUGUUGCUGGAUUUCUUGUACAGAAUGUUCUCAAGUAAGCAGGGAUUUCCACUACACUAGAGAGCUUAUAACUUCGUUCACAACGAGAUAGGACAAAUCUGUAGACAAAUUCAUCUGGUUUCAUUUAUACAACUAUACGGACGCUCGAUGUCGCCCGAUUUCACGCAAAAGAAGAUAUCAUGCAAAUUUGAGUAUGGUUUAGAAUUUAUCGAGUCUAGUGUGAAGACAGGCGACAACUGUCGAGUACAAGAUUUAGGAUUUAUUUUUACUCGUAAAAUCCGUCAAUCAUGCUUAAAUUUGCAUGAUUUUGCUCAGAGAUACGAAAAACUAGUUUCAUAUUAAUCUGACCUGCAAUCGACCAACGAAAAAUUCGUUGGCUCGAGCGGGAUUUGAACUCGCAUCUUCGGGUAUCUAGACCGCCGCUCUACCUAUUGAGCUAUCGAGUCAACAGGGAUUGGUAGCGAGUCUUAUCCAAUUUAAGUUCACGAAAUAUUUUCGUGACGACUAACGCUUGUCUUAGAGGACGCGCAGUGUUUCAAUUCUAAUUGACUCGAUAGCUCAAUAGGUAGAGCGGCGGUCUAGAUACCCGAAGAUGCGAGUUCCAAUCCCGCUCGAGCCAACGAAUUUUUCGUUGGUCGAUUGCAGUGUCAGAAUAAUAUGAAACUUACUGUAUAGUCGUACUUUACACACGUGUAGUCAUAAUGUACCUUAAGUUCUGUAAUAUGUUGGUAUAAUUAUUUUUAGAUAUUUAUUAAAGUUUGGUUCAGUCACAUAUUACCUGGGUUAUAAUGCAUUGCAAGAUUUCUUCCCUACUAUGACAAUGAAACCUAAUCCUGUAUGUGAGGACAAAAAUUGUGUAUUACGUCAGAAGGAAUAUCAGGUAGGCAAACUAUUCGUACUUUGUUUCACUUUGGUUGUGGGACGUUUAUAUGGAGGCCAUCAGGGAUACCCAAGCUUGACUAACAGUAAUCUUAUAUUUAAUAGGAGAUAGUUGAAGAGGAAAACCGGAACAAAAAAGAAGAGAUAACGGAAGAGAAGGAAGAAGAAGUGGUAGUCCAUGAAAGCAACGAAUGGGGUUAGUACCAGGAUAUCUCUUUAAACUGUUGUUACUAGAGCUCCUGUAAUUUCUCAAUGCAUCAAAUGCAAAUCAUUCAUAUUAGGAAUUGUUUUGGUUGAUGAGUCACAACAAGAGGAAGAAAUGAAUGAAAUGAAACUCGCUGAAGGAGUGAGAUUAUUGUAUAAUAAACCAUCACAACCUGGACGAAAGGUAUAGUUUAUUUUUAUGUCUUAAUGUAUCUUAAACGUCCAGAGCAGUAUUCUUCUGCGGUGACCUGCCGGUGUGAAAACAUAAAACACGUGGUGACAACAAAAAUGAACGUUAUCGAAGUCGAGACAAUAAAAUUUAUGUAAAUUACCAUGCUGUUUUAUCAGAUAUAAACUACUGACACUGUAGUCAUGCCCUUUGUCUUUCCUUCAUGAAUUAUUAAUGAAUUUUUAAGUACUAGUUAAAACAUGAUCAGCCGAUCUUUAUCUGAUAUACAUAACGUAGUUAAAAAACGACCCAUUUUAUCAGUUCAUUGGCAAAGUAAUUUUAAAAAUAAACAUUGUCUAAGCCGAGACAUUGUCUAAGCUGAAGUUUAUGUAAAUCAGGACAAAUCUUUAUCCGAUUUACAAACAUUCAUUUCUUUUCAAUUUUCUUCAUGAAUUUCGUCGGGAUAUAAAUCCUGUGACCGACGUGACGAAGGGCCCGAAACAUGGAAGGAAAAAGUUAAUUUUGUGAUUCGUUUAGAUUUCAGAAUUCGAAAUAAGCAGCGAAGGACAGAUUUGUCAAGAUGAUGGAAUGUCUGUAGAGGAACUGAUGAAACAACUCAAAGAAAUGUGAAGGAAUAGUCUGAGGAAAAAAACCCAUUGAACAUGUACAGUAGACACAGAUGUAUAUAGAUUUAUUGAAUUGUCUGUCUAUACGUGUAGAUUCCUUGCCACAGGGAUUACCUACAAAUAGUAAGCUGGUCAUUUAAAUUUUGAGUCGAAAUACCCAGACAUGGUACUAACAUUGUAUUGCAGAAAGGGCAACUACAGUGUGCAAUCGGUAUUGGGAGAAACGGAGAAAAUAUUUUAAAUUAGAAUAAAUAUGAAUUCAGAAAAUAUUGACAUAUUUAAAUAUAAAGGAUAACAACUUUAAGGCCAGAACUUUUAUUUUAAUAACAUUCUGUCCGCUCGAACUUAUGUACGUUAGUAAAGAAAAAAUCUGAGUUUCGGUAGGAACGAAAACGUAAAAAUGUUUACAGACAGUAAACAAGAAAAAGCAAAACAGCAUAUUAAACAACAAAUUAAUAUAUUUUAUACAAAUAAUUACUUUUACAGGGUACAUUGUAGAGGCAAUAAAACAAGCAGGGUUUGAAAAGGAGUACAAACUUAAGAUAUUGGUCAAUAUGAACGAAUCGAUGUGUUGAAAUUUGAUACUUCUCUAUAUUGUUUCUUAUGUCAAUCAGCCAUGGCGUGCAGACCAUAAACAGAACAAUAACAUAGUUCGUCACGUUAUCUUUCUAUUAACUAUGGUCAAUUGAAUGUGAAAUUACUUUGAAGUGUUAAUGGCAUUCUUCAAACCAUGUUUGUUUUCUAAUAAUCUAUGACAUAUUCAUUUUUCCCACCGCAUGUACAUUUGGUCAUUUGACCAUACGCAGUUUUCAGUAUAGUGUAUAUUUUUCAGUGAAUUAUGACAACCGUGUUAUUUAAAUGUUUUCAGUGUUUUCAUUUUUUCUUUUUCAGUUCCUCAAAUCUUCUGUUUAGAUCAUCAAAGUCAAGGUCGUCACCACCGCUGGCUCCACCGACUGUGCUUGAGCCGCCAGGUAGGGAUCCUGUAGGAACAUCAGGGAGGUCGGGGUCAUUUGGUAGAUUGUUGACAUUAAUACUUGGUCCUGUUGGCCUGAUAUUAAUACUUGGUCCUGUUGGUGGAGCUGGA